GGACUAUUGGCCUUUCCCGAAAGAUUUUUCGGUCGGAAUUUUUAAUAUCGCAACCGCGCCUUUUGGAUUUGAUUAUUUUCCGCUAAUAAGUUUUGCAUGUGAACAUUUUUACUAUUUUAUCUCAUCAAUAUUUUAAAUAAUCAAUGUCAACGUUAAAGACUGAAGAUAUGUGAAGUGACACAUGUUUUAGGGGAAAAUAUGUAUAACGUUGGUUUCGGUAAAUAAUUCAGUAUAAUUAAAAUAUUUGUAACUUUUUAUGGUUUCUACCAGAAGAAAAAACCGAAAAAUAAUAUAUGGAAAAUAUGAAUUAAAAUAUAGAAAAUAAAACAUUUUGUGCAACCGAAGAAAUAAAUUCAGUUUUAUUCCAUCCAUUUAUCAAAAAUGGAAUAUAAAUUUAAAAAAUCACGUGGACUGUCAGUGUCGAUAUUAUUAUGUUAUUUCAUGUUACUCUUCUGUGCUGUUUUUGUCAGCAAUACGUCCGCUAAUCCGGAUGCAAAAAGGCUUUAUGAUGACUUGUUGAGUAAUUAUAACAGGUUAAUAAGACCUGUUAGAAAUCACUCGACUAAUAUACUGGUCAAGUUGGGAUUGAGACUUUCCCAGCUGAUAGAAUUGAAUUUGAAGGACCAAAUUUUAACCACAAACGUCUGGUUGGAACAUGAAUGGCAUGACUAUAAGUUUAUGUGGGAUCCGCAGGAAUAUGGUGGUGUUCAAGAACUGUAUGUUCCUUCCGAACAUAUUUGGUUGCCAGAUAUACUUUUGUACAAUAACGCUGAUGGCGAAUACGUGAUAACCACAAUGACGAAGGCAGUAUUAAAUUAUGAUGGAAAAAUUCAGUGGACUCCACCCGCCAUUUUCAAAUCGUCUUGCGAAAUUGAUGUAAGAUAUUUUCCUUUUGACCAGCAAACUUGCUUCAUGAAGUUUGGAAGUUGGACUUACGGAAGUCAGAUUGAUUUACAACAUAUAAACCAGAAACCCGGUGAAGAUAUUGUAGAAGUUGGCAUAGACCUUAGAGAAUACUAUCCCAGUGUAGAAUGGGAUAUUUUGGCAGUGCCAGCUGAAAGACAUGAAAAAUACUAUCCUUGCUGUCCCGAGCCUUAUCCAGAUAUUUUCUUUAAUAUAACUUUACGAAGAAAGACCUUGUUCUACACAGUUAAUCUCAUAGUACCCUGUGUGGGAAUAUCUUACCUAUCAGUUUUGGUGUUUUACCUUCCUGCUGACUCAGGAGAAAAAAUUGCCUUGUGUAUUAACAUCCUCUUAUCACAAACCAUGUUUUUCUUGCUAAUUUCCGAAAUUAUUCCAUCCACUUCUCUAGCAUUACCACUACUAGGGAAAUACAUCCUAUUCACAAUGGUUAUGGUAGGAUUUUCAGUAGUAAUAACUAUAGUAAUCCUUAACGUUCAUUAUCGCAAGCCCAGUACCCAUAAAAUGGCACCUUGGGUGCGAAGCUUUUUUAUAAAAUCUGUACCAAAACUACUAUUAAUGCGAGUACCAAAAGACUUGCUAACAGAGCUGGCAGCUCGAAAAAUUCCAUCUGUGAGGCUGCAGGGGAAAACAGCUAGAGAUUUAGAAGCUCUAUCACCUAGUUCAAGUUCUAGUUCAUCUAGCUCUAGUAGAAACAGAGGAAGGGGUUGUAAUGGUUUACAUUCAACUACUGCCACCAAUAGUUACUUUCGUUCCAGGCUCAGAGGGUUCGCAGGUACCUUGAGUACUAGGAUGGGAUAUAACGGUCUGCCCUCAGUAUUUUCAGGACUGGACGAAAGCGAUUCGGGAACGAGGAAAAAAUAUCCUUUCGAACUGGAGAAGGCCAUACAUAAUGUAAUGUUUAUCCAGCACCAUAUCCAGAGACAAGAUCAAUUCAAUGCGGAAGAUCAAGACUGGGGUUUCGUCGCGAUGGUACUCGAUCGGAUGUUCCUCUGGAUCUUCAUUAUCACCUCAUUGGUCGGUACAGUGUCAAUUCUUUGCGAGGCGCCCUCUCUCUACGACGAUACCAAACCAAUCGACAUGGAAUUGUCAUCUGUAGCUCAGCAGCAGUUUUUUCCAGACAUAGAUUUCUGAGGAACACCCAGGACUCCUUAAGAGGAGUUAAGAAAAUAUUUUUAAUUGUUGACUUUUUUUAUUGAAUUUUGACUGAUUUAAAUUACAAUGGUUAAUUGUUGGCUUAGAAGUAGAAUAUAGACAAAAUUGAGUGAUUUAUGAAAUAUAUUUGAGAUAUGUUCGAACAGAGAGUAAUUAAUGAGUGAUUAUAAUAAUUUUUUUAAAGAUUUUGAAAAAAUUAGUUAUUAGGUUAAAUUAAAACUUUUAUUGUAGGAAAAUAAUUAUUGGUGUAGUAGGAACUCUUCAAAGGCUCAGUUUAUCAACGGAGUUAAUUUUAAUCACUGGUAGAAUUAGUUGCUAUUGCAAAUUUUUUUUGUUCAAUUCUAUGACAUUCUUUUUACUACUUUCUGAGGUUACUUAAAUUGGUGUGAAUAGUAACAAACCAAACCAGGUCGAAAAGGGGAUAGAUAGUUUUUCUAUAUUCUGUUUAAAAUGGUCAUUUGAAGAUGAUGUUAGAUUUUUUUGAUUAAUUUAAACCCGCUCUUUCGAUUGGAUGUAACUAGUAGGUAAAUAUUUUAUUGCUCAUAAAAUUCUUCCUACUGAACCUACUUUAAUUUUAUCACAUUCACUGGAAGAGUAAAUAGUCUAGCAUGAAUUUACUGUGUUUUCACUAAGGCUAUGGCCCGAAUAUAACCCAACGUUAACCAAAGUAACCGAAUGAGUUGACAGAUGGUUACUGAAAAUUCGGGUUAUGUACUUCGAGAACGCGAAUAUGAAAUAAAAAAUAAUUGACAGAAAUUACAGAUAAAACCAACAGAACCGACAUCCGAUAACUAUGUUGACAUUUGGUUAAUCAGAUUUCAGGACACCGAGGUCCAAAAGUAACCAACUUUCUAGGAACCAGAGUAAUUUGAUUUCUUUCGGACCGCGAAACCACAACGGUGGUUAUAUUCGGACCACAGUCUAAUAAACAUAAUUUUAUUGGUGAAUAAUUUAACGCAAUUAACAAAACCAGAUCCAAAAUGUGGCAUAUAUUUAUUUUUCUCAUAAGUGACUAGUAGUUAGGUAGUUUUAUUACUGUUUAGAAAAUGUUUCCAAGACUAAACCACUUUUACCUUGUCACAUUUCCAUUUAUAUGUAUAGGUAGGUACUUAAAACCAUAUUUAUAUGACAAUCCUAUUAUAUUUUAAUGGUACUAUCGAUAUUUGAACUUGAACUAAAAUUAAAAUUAUGUUGUUACAAUGCCGUCUUUUCUCUUACGUAAAUACCAGAAUCACCAUACUUUCCUGUAAAGAAGCGCAACAGUAAACAAAAUAAAUUAUUAGAAAUAAAAUAGAAUUUAUUUUUCCAUAAAAUACACAAAUGAAAGUACAUUGCCAGGGUUUAUAAGUAAUCACAGUCCAUGAGAUUUUUCAUUAAUACCUUACUACUACCUACUUAAGUACUAUAUUACUUAUUUCAUUCCUUUUUAAAAGUUAUACAAAAAAGCAAAGUCUAGUCUCCUAAUAGAUCCCAAUGCAUUCAAAAUUUUCCAAAACUUGUGCUUUUCUAUAGCAAAUACCUAAAUCCCUGAAUCAAGCCCUAAAGGCACAGGUAGGAACUUCAGGAUACCUGGCAUAAAUGAAUGUAUAAGUAGAUAAAAUUAUCAUUAAAAAUGUAAGUAAUUUUGUAGUUUAGUAAUUUUUGUCAUAGUAAAAUGUAUUUAUUCCGUUUUGUAGGAAAAAAACAAAAAUUUUAAUUAUCAUCUAGUGUACCUUCGUUAUGAGAUGAAGUAUGUGUAUUGAUUUUUUUUAAAAAUUUUGUGAGGCAAUUUCUAAUAAAUUAGAAUUUCACACAGUGAAUUUAAAGUCUUGUUAUUGAUUUCACAUAACAAGAUGCAAAUUUACAUAUCAUGCUUUGUGUAGAAAACUUUGAAGAAAUUAGACUUUGGCAAAGAUAAUCCUACUCCGAAGGAGGAUUAUCUUUGACUUUGGUCAAGACCGUACAAAGAAAUCAAAUUUGAUAAAAAAUAUUAAAAGGAAUUUGUCACCUACCUACAAUGAUCAUUUAAAAAACAUUCAAGUAUAUAGGACUCAAUAAGCUUUCUGAUUUUCGAUAUAGCUCACUGGAACAUCAAAAAUGGCCACCUUGUACAUUUUGUGAGUGUUUUGUUUCUGAUAAUUCAGGCAAACUUUAAUGAUAUUUUAUUAGACUAAUCAAGUCAUAUAUGUUUUUUUUUUUUCAAUGCGCACAAAUAAAAACACUUUUUCCUUUUUCGACAUUAUACAGAUAACGUGCUUAGUAUUUAAGAUAAAGUAGAUAUAAUGGGUUUAGGACUUUUUAAAAAAAGGAUGCCGAAGUUUCAGUUUCAACCAUAUAUUUAGUCUUCUUCAAAGGCUAUUUUUACUAGCAAGGGCGUUUCCUGUCAAAAAAUAGUGUUGUAAGCAUUCCAAAACACAAAGGGACAAACAAAAUCAGUUCCUCGAUCAAUUCUAACACUUGAAUAUUUAUUUUUAUUUCAGUUUUUACUUUUUAAUUAUUAUAAACGCAACAAGUAAGUUGACAAACACAGCAGCGACUAAUAGUAUAUUCUUCAAUGAGCAUAUAAUGAUGGCUAUUAUUUACGAGAAUGAAAAUUCAAACACGAGCCGAAGGCGAGUGUUGGAACCAUUCGAGUGAAUAAUAGUCAUUAUUUGCUAGUAGAAGGCUAUACUUUCUCUUGAAACUUUUUGAAAGAAAAUCAUUAGUUUUUGUAAGAAAUAACAAUCAUCAAAAGUCUAAUUUUUUUAAAACGAAAGUUUCGUGAUCUGACAGUAGACGUCAGUCAUGUUUUGUUUGUAUUGUCUUGUUGCGGCCCGUGUAUUCUAAAGAUACGGAGAAUUUGAUUGUAGAUAGGCCGUGAAUUCCGGCUUAGAAUCCACGGGGUGUGAAGAAUUCGUAUCAUUAAUCAGUUUAAUAUCAUGCAAGAACGAAUGUAUUAUUUAAUGUUCAAAGAGAAAUUAGUUUUUCUACACUUUGUUUGAUGGGAAACGCCCUUGCUGGUAAAAAUAGCCUGUGAAGAAGACCAAAUAUAUGGUCGAAACGUCGGCGUAUUUUUUUUUAAAAAAUGGAAUUUUAUUUCCUGAACCCUGAAGUCCUGAACCCAUUAUUUCUUCUCUAUUUUUCCUUUUCAAAAUUAAAUAGUCCGAUACAGAAAAAAUACAAAUAAAAAAACAAAGUUAUGCCAUAAUGUAACAAGCAUAACUCUUAACGAUUUUUUUUCCAUCACCAUAAAAAUUUUAUCAUGACAUUUUAUUUUUAUAUUGCUAGGAUAAAGCAAUUGAACAAACUCCACUGAAAAUGUGUGUAAUAUAAAUUGCAUGUAGGUACUCUUUACUUAUUAUCCUUCACAUCUGUAUGGCCAAUGAGAAACCAUCUAAAAAUUCCAGCAUCUGUGGAAUUUGACCAUGUAUCAUUCCUAACUACCUUAUGUAUGCUUAAAACCAAAGUAGUCGCCUAUGACGCCUGACCAUUAAAAUUUCAUCAAAAUCUACCAGAAUUUGAAUUAUAUCAUUGUUCUUAAAUUAGUCUAAAAGCUUUUUAAAUCAACUUAAUGUGGAAGAAAUUCGGCAAAACAAAAUUUUCAAAUUAAAAAUAAUAUUAGUCAUUGUUAAUGUCAAAAACUAAUAUAUUUAAAACGGGCCCUGAACUUUGCUAAUAAUAAGAAUGUCUACAUCUUUGAUAGUAGAUAUUGAAAUGUAGGGAAAUAAAAGAUUAUAUUUGUCAAAAAAGUACUUUAACACAGCCAAAUUUGUUUUGAUUUCAUCAAAACAAUUAUUUUAAACAACUUGAAUACUAUUGGCGACCGAAUCGCCUUUGAAAAAUCUAUGACCUGACACAUCUCCAAUUUGUUCGUUCAUUUUCUUUAAUUCUUUCAUACUAAUUUCGUAUUUAUGGGCUACUAAAGAUCUAUAAAAAUGUAUAGCGAACGCUAAAAAUACAAAUAGGACAGGUACUAAUACUACACAAGCUGACCAAGCAGCUGUGGUAUUAACAUUGUAAAAUUUAAGCCAACAAAUUAUGGCUAUUUCGGCUAGGAAUAAUAUUAGACCUAGAAGUGUUGAAAACCCCCAAGCUAUUUCUAUAUACCAAUGAAGUCUUUCAUGAGGAGAUUCAUCAACACAACUUAUAGAGUCCAAACUACAUACAGUCUCUAUAUUCGGAAGUAUACAGGUACUUAUCAUUAGGGCUAGCAUAUGCACUGCUACCAAUAAAGUAGUAAUCACUGCAAACACUACUAAAAUUGUAGAUGGAAUGGAUGACUCGUUGUUGAGCUGUAGCUCCACCAUGGCUACCAUGGCAAAUCCAGAAAGAAGAGCCGAGGUUUUGCUGGAGGCUUUUAACUUGGCCUUGGACAAAUGCAUUUUUCUCCAUGAUAGGUAGCGGGGUGUGUGGUAUAUGUCGUCGGACAUUGACA